AUGGACAAUUCAAAUAUGCAGGGACUAUUGUCCGACUUCGCUUUUCCCCCCACCACCACCACCACCGACGCAUACGCUGCCACCGCCCCCCGCGGCCCCUCCCGCACCCUCGCCACCUCGCACGCACGCCCCCCUUGCCCAGCAAUGUCUACCCCCUCCGACCACCCCGCCCCCGACGCCCCUAUCCAGCCCCCCGCAGCCGCGAACAGGCAGGACGCCGUCGAUCACGUCGCCCCUCCCGACACCCCCACCCAGACGCGCAGCUACGUGACGCCCACGUCUACCUCGAAGAAAGAGGUCCCCGCGUUCUACGCGCGCAAACGCGCGCGCUCCCAGGCCUUCGGCGACGACGAAGAAGACGAGCUGCCCGAAGAUCACCCCCCGCCCGCGGGCGCCACGGACCAGGAGAAGAUCGAGUACCGCAGGCGCCGCAACACGCUCGCCGCCCGCCGCAGCCGCCAGAAGAAGGCGGACAAGAUGGCGACGCUCGAGGACGACGUCCGCCGGCUGACGAGCGAGCGCGACACCUGGAAGACGCGCGCGCAGACCCUGCGCCAGCUCCUCCUCAGCCACGGCAUCCCCUGCAAGGAGUUUGAGGAUUAG